AUGUCGCCAGUACAGAUUGGCCGGCACAAACGAUUCACGUCGACGCUCCGUUUUCUCGCCUCAUUUUCACCAUCGUUCAUCCUCUGCGCGUGUGCCACGCUUGCCGCCUCGCCUACUCGACCAGACCGGGCAAGAGGGGGCGUGCGGCCGUUUCGGUCCACUGUCGUUGCGAGAAAACGACGCCCACUCGCCUGCGAAACACGACAAACAGGGCAACACGUAUCUCCAUGCUCUCACUCUCUUGGUCUCUGUCGCUCUCCCUCUCUCACUUUGCGCCUUAGCCUUCCGUCGUUGCCAGACUGUCAUCUUUCAUUGUCUCGCGAAGUCAACCCGCGUCGGUACAAACGCCUCGGCCAUUCUCUUGACAGGCUGUCUGCACUGUUGUUAGGCUACCGUGCUUCUGUCUCGGUCUCGGACGCUCGUUCGCGCCUUUGCGACUUCCACGCGGAAAUGUCGUCAUGA